AUAUAGUAAUUUGCUCUCUGCCAAUCGUGUAAGGAGAAAUAAAUUGUGCUUUGAAUUUUAACCACUGGAGGACAAAACAAGGAGUGGGUUGGUUAGAAGUGUUGUCGCGGACAACACCCACAGAUGUGUCAGCGUGACCCCAAAGUUACUAUUUUGGGCUGAAGAGAAUACACAAUAGUGCGCGGUGGGUUUUUGCGUCAGGCGGCGCGCUCGGUCACUUACUCUGCGCAUUUCUGGACAGGUUCAGUCGUGAGCGCGGAAACGGCACACCAGCGAGGAUUCUUUCUGUGGGAGCCAUCAAAUUGAUCCUUCUUCGGGUUAUUGUCACUCAUUGAGACCUCUAUGAAAACACUCGCAUCUGAUUCUCACUCUUCGACAUCCAGAGCACAAACCUUCAUUCUCCACACCUGUAUCAAGCAAAAAGGGCAGUUAUUGUGACCUCCAUUCUGCCCUGCUCUUCUUUCACACCUUUAAUCGUUGGGAUCACCACGACACGGCGCAGCCAUGCCCAAGAGCAGUAAAGUGACUCAGCGCGAGCACAGUAAUGAGCAUGUCACAGAGUCUGUGGCCGACCUCCUGGCGCUGGAGGCUCCCAUGGACUACAAGAGCAGCCAGAUGAGCAUGGCAGGUGGGGGCCCUCCGCCCAUAGGCAAACCAGACAUCUCCCCCGACCUGGAAGACGGGCGACCUGCCUGGAACAGUAAGCUGCAGUACAUCUUGGCCCAGGUGGGCUUCUCGGUGGGCCUGGGUAACGUGUGGCGUUUCCCUUAUCUUUGCCAGAAGAACGGAGGAGGUGCUUACCUUGUUCCAUACUUCAUCCUUCUUAUCCUUAUUGGCAUCCCACUCUUUUUCUUGGAGCUGGCGGUUGGCCAAAGGAUUCGUCGAGGGAGCAUUGGAGUGUGGAAUUAUGUUUGUCCACGACUUGGUGGCAUUGGAGUGUCCAGCCUGAUGGUGUGUGGUUUUGUGGGUCUGUACUAUAAUGUGAUUAUAGGCUGGAGCAUCUUCUACUUUUUCCAGUCGUUUCAAUAUCCUCUGCCUUGGAGCGCCUGUCCCAUCAGGAAGAACGGCACUCAAUCCUUUGUGGAGCCUGAGUGUGAGAAGAGCUCAGCAACCACGUACUACUGGUACCGCGAGACCCUGGACAUCACCAGCUCGAUCGCAGACAGCGGCGGUCUGAACUGGAGGAUGACUUUGUCACUGCUGGCUGCCUGGAUAAUUGUCUGUCUGGCUGUAAUAAGGGGCAUUCAGUCUUCUGGGAGGGUGAUGUACUUCAGCUCACUCUUUCCGUACUUGGUGCUCUUCUGCUUCCUGGUGAGAGGGAUGUUUCUUAAAGGAGCAGUAGAUGGCAUUGCUCACAUGUUUACACCCAAGCUGGAGAUCAUGUUGGAGCCGCAGGUGUGGCGUGAAGCUGCCACUCAAGUCUUCUUUGCUCUUGGUCUGGGUUUCGGAGGUGUCAUCGCUUUUUCCAGUUACAACAAGAGAGACAACAACUGUCAUUUUGAUGCCGUGCUUGUCUCCUUCAUCAACUUCAUGACCUCUAUACUGGCCACACUCGUAGUGUUUGCUGUGCUGGGCUUCAAAGCCAACAUCAUGAACGAGAAAUGUGUUGUGGAGAAUGCUGAAAAGAUUCUAGGGUACUUGAACUCAAAUGUGCUGAGUCAGGAUCUCAUCCCCCCUCACGUCAACUUUUCCCACCUCACCACGUCGGACUAUGCGGAGAUGUACGGCGUAAUAAAGAUUGUGAAAGAGGACAGUUUUGCGCAGCUGGGGCUGGAGCCGUGUCUGCUGGAGGAUGAGCUCAAUAAGGCUGUUCAAGGCACUGGUCUGGCUUUUAUUGCCUUCACAGAGGCUAUGACCCAUUUUCCAGGCUCUCCCUUCUGGUCUGUCAUGUUUUUCUUCAUGUUGAUAAACCUGGGCUUGGGCAGCAUGAUUGGCACCAUGACUGGCAUAACCACACCCAUUCUGGAUACCUUCAAAAUUCGCAAAGAGGUGCUCACAGUGGGCUGUUGUAUUGUGGCCUUUUUGUGCGGCUUGCUGUUUGUCCAGCGUUCAGGGAACUACUUUGUCACCAUGUUUGAUGACUACUCUGCUGGUUUGCCCCUCACUAUUGUGGUGAUCCUGGAGAAUAUAUCUGUUGCCUGGGUCUAUGGCACAAAAAGGUUCAUGCAGGAUCUGGAGGACAUGCUGGGUUUCAGACCGUGCAUUGUUUACUUCUACCUGUGGAAGUAUGUGUCUCCAGUGUGUCUGAUCAUACUGAUUUCUGCCAGUGUUGUAGAGAUGGCCAUCAACCCUCCAGGAUACAAUGCAUGGGUGCAAGACCUGGCCAUGGAGAGGUUCCAGAGUUAUCCUCCUUGGGCAUUAGUCAUGUGUUUUGCUCUGAUCAUUGUGGCCAUGCUUCCUCUUCCAUUGGUCUUCAUUGCCCGUCACUUUAACUGGCUCCCAGACGGCUCCAACAAGCUGUCUGUCUCCUACCGCAAGAGCCUGGCAAAGGAGGCUUCCACCCUAGAAGAUGAGACGAGGUUUAUCCUCGGGAAGAAUCCCAGCGAAGCCCCUUCUCCCAUGCCCAGCCAUCGGGCCUAUCUGGGCCCUGGCAGCACAUCUCCUGUGGAGCUCAUCACCAACUCUACCUCCAUCAGCGGCUAUGGCAGCGGUUACCAGACCAACCCUGCCCCUCCCAAAUCUGAGUCAUGAUCCUCCAACCCACCACCCAGAGACUGAGAUGGAACGAGAAAGAAGAUUCUGAACAGAUGAGAAGGUCCUAGUGUUGGUCACACCUUAACCCAAGCCAUUCAGAGGAGCAGGACCACAAGAAAACUAACAGAAAGACAGAGAUCCUUCCAUAUUCCCCGACUAGACAGCUUCCCUGGGCCCAAUUAUUCAUACGGACUACAGAUGUUGGUCUGAAGGUGAAAGAGAGCCUGGAGCUUUCAGAUCAGUGUGUAAGGUGGCUUAUUUGGUAAGUUAUUUUUGCAUAUAGAUAAAUAAUGUCAACUCUAAGAAGGUAAUGAAAACAUUCAAGCUGCAGGUUUGGUCUCUGUCACUGGUUUGGGGCCAUAGGGGUGUAGCACAUCCCUCUCUGUGAGUGCUGUAGUAAUAGUUGUUGUUUAGGUUAAGGUGUUACCAAUGCUGCUGAACUCCAGACAUCUUACAAAAUGCACAAGAUAAAAGAUGCCAUGCAAGGAAUUUAAUUUAAUUUAAUUAAACCCACCUUUAGAGCUCAUAAAGAUAGACGACUCAGAGGGACUCAGAGAAACUAAAGCUUUCACUUAUUAUAAUGAGUCCUCUAGUCUAGUGGAUAUUAUGUAAGUGUCACUGUUAAAUACAGACCACCUGACAGUAGAGUGAAUCGAUAGCUCGAUUUCUGUUACAGACUGAAGUACAUGUUCAUUUGAUAAGUGUUCUUGGUUAUAGACUGCACAUCAACAGUCUGUCAUGUCCACAUCUCAGCACAGGAGGGCGACAUAUGUAUUCAUACAACAAACGUACUGUAGUUUCAGUGCAGUAUCAAAUAUAUACAGUAUCAGUGUCAGGUUCAGGCUGUUUUUGCAACUGGAUUUAUCUGAUUUAAGUUUCAUUUUUGGAAAGUCUUAUCUAGAUGUUUUUAUUUUUUUUUAUAAUCUUAACAAAUAUGACUGCCUAGAGGUGACUUUCACACAGCACAAGGAAUGACAUUUUUCAUGAUGCAAUAAGGGAUAUGGUUUGAGCCAUGUAACUCCACCAAGCACAAAAACUAUAACUUUAAAAUUACAAAUAAACUGAACAUCAACAAAUAUUUAAUUUCCAUGUCUGCAAUGGCAAUAAUAUAAAUGAAAUGAGUGGCAUUAGCUGCCAUUGUGAGCUUUACUCUGCGCCACAGUUCUAAACCAGUGGAGAAAUCUGCAUUAGCUGGACUGUGUUUUUACUGAAAGUUACCAUGCUUGGUGGAGACUAACCUAUAUGACAGAAUUAUUUAUAAUUAUUCUAAGUGAAGACAAUAAGUUCCAAAUGGGGAAUGGUACUGAAAUCUACUGUAUGUUUUUAAACUUCAAACCACAAAACAUGUAAAUGGUUAUUAAGUUGUGUUUGCUUAUGAUUUACAGAUGCCAAUCUCAGAUUAUUUACUUUAGUGAGUUUACUGCACAGAGAAGUGUUUGGCCCUUGUUUAACACUGCCUGAUUUCAAACUUGCUGUUCUGGGGCCAUAUUACAGACACAUAUUCUCGUCAUGGCCACUAAACAGAUAAGAUAUGAUUGUAGAGUUGGGAUUUUUCUACAAUACGGCUGAUCUGGAAUAUGUGUAAAAUACAUAAUGAGGUCAUCUGUGUGGAUUUCAAUCU